AUGCUCAUGGUCGUCGGCUAUGGCUACUGGGCCUGGCGCGGAUACCGCGGAGCGAUGCGCGAUGCGCUGCUGCGGCGCCACGAGCGCGACGUGGAGCGAGGAGAACACAUGGAGCAGGACAACUACUGGCGUCGAACGGACCCUCGGAGCCCGCCGUCGGUAAUCGAAGCGGUGCCUGUGGCGCUGCACACUCCGUUCUUCAAGGCGACAGAGGUGACCCACUCAGCCGGCGUCAGGACGGACCUCUAA